GAUAAGUCUCCGUCUCCAUGGAGCCCAAGUCGUCUCCAACUGUGGACCCCCGAGUGAAUGCCUCCAACGCAAUGACCCCAACACUCAAUCCACCCCGAGCUAGUCUCCAAUUCUUAAUCUCUAGCUCCAGUCCUACGCGUACCCCGCCUUUCGUCGCCCAAUGACACAGCGAGAUAUUCGCCUUGUCUUCCUCCCUCCAUUGUCGACAGCUACCGUGAUUAAGGAGACAGCCAAGUCAAAGCAGAUACCGGAGCCACAAAUUAUCACACCGCAUUCGAAAGACCCCCAAGACCCCCACCCACAGCUUUGCACCACCAUCACCGACUGUUCAACCAUUUUCGCAGCCAGACAACAACUCUCACUACCUCAGCAUCCGAUACGUCAUCAUGGGCAAGAAGAGAGUUCUCAUCAGUUACGGCGUGGACGUGGAUGCCGUGGCAGGUUGGCUUGGCUCCUAUGGCGGGCAAGACUCAUCAAAUGACAUUAGCAGAGGCCUCUUUGCAGGCACCGUGGGUGUUCGGCGGCUACUAAAGUUGUUUGACAAAUAUGACAUGAAGACGACGUGGUUCAUCCCAGGCCACAGUCUCGAGACCUUCCCUGAGGAGAUGGCCGCCGUGAGAGACGCUGGACAUGAGAUUGGUCUCCAUGGAUACUCGCACGAGAACCCCACCGACAUGUCGAUGGAACAGCAGAGAGACGUGCUAGACAAGACGUACCGGAUGCUGACCGAGUUCAUGGGCAAGCCGCCUCGUGGGAGCGUGGCGCCAUGGUGGGAAACGAGCAAGGAAGGUGCCCAACUGCUUCUUGACUACGGCAUCGAGUAUGAUCACAGUAUGAGCCAUCACGACUGCCAGGCGUACUAUCUCAGGACAGGAGACUCUUGGACCAACAUCGACUACACCAAGAAGGCGGACGAGUGGAUGAAACCUCUGGUGAAAGGCGAGGAGACCGGUCUCGUCGAGGUCCCGGCCAGCUGGUACCUAGACGAUUUGCCGCCCAUGAUGUUCAUCAAGGCCGCGCCAAACAGCCAUGGUUUCGUCAACCCGAGAGACAUUGAAGACCUUUGGCGGGACCAGUUCGACUACUGCUACCGGGAGUACGACGAGUUCAUAUUUCCCAUUACCGUCCACCCGGACGUCUCUGGCAGGCCACAGGUUCUUUUGAUGCACGAGAGACUCAUCGAGCACUUUAAGAAGCACGAAGGAGUCGAGUUCGUGACGAUGGCAGAGAUUGUAGAUGACUUCAAGAGCAAGAACGCGCCCGCACCUGGUGCCAUGCUUCCCGCAGAACCGGGAGCAAUACUGCGGAAGUGAUGCAGGCGAAGAUGGAUCAUGUCAAGGGCAGCGGAGGUGGGGUUAUUGCGACGCCAUCUACGAGUCUAGUGUCGGUCAUGUCAAUUAGGGUGCGUAGCCAAGAUCCGUUACUGGAGCCUAGUAAUCGCGCGUUGCCCAUGAAGAAGUGUGUGGAUGACAAGAUACAGUGAUGUUGCUCUACACAGUAAUGGAAUGUGCCGAAAUCGAUUAAUGCAU